AUGGUUUGUUCACGCGUUCGACGCCCUCAGAGGUGCCCGCCCACCAUGCUCCCAAACCAUGAGCGUGUGAGGCAGCACGGGUCCCUAGCAGAUUGCCGUUCUGUCUCAGUCGCCGUGAAGGACCUGACAACUACAACGCGGUGGAGCGCGGCGUUGGCGUUGUUCCGAGAUGUAUUGCGUUCACGUUUGCAAGCUGACACUGGUAUUUACAAUAGUGUUAUCAGUGCGUGCAGGAAGGGGCGACAGUGUAAUCAGGCGCUAUCGCUGCUUACCGAAAUCGGGGAGGUGAAGCUGGAACUCGACGUGAUCAGCUACAACACUGGUAUCAGCGCGUGCGAGACAAGCGAGCAGUGGCAGCGGGCUUUAGCGCUGCUUCGCGGGAUGUGGGAUGCGAAGGUGGAGCCCAACGUCAUCAGCUACAGUGCAGGGAUCAGCGCGUGCGAGAAAUGUGCAGAGUGGCAGCGCGCUUUGGUGCUGCUUCGCGAGAUGUGGGAGGCAGAGCUGGAGCCGAAUGCGUUCAGCUGCAGCGCUGGAGUCAGCGCAUGCGGCAAAGCGUAUCAGUGGCAGCAGUCUCUUGUAUUGUUCCGCAAUUUGCGCGACAUGAUGUGGGAGUUUGACGUUGUCAGUUAUAGUGCUGGCAUCAGCGCAUGCGCUACAGGUGGGCAGUGGAUCCAAGCGUUGGCAUUGCUCAGCCAAAUGCGUGAUGUGGUUUUAGAGCCGAACGUGAUCAGCUACUGCGCAGGAAUCAGCUCGUGCGAGAAAGGUAGGCAGUGGCAGCAUGCCUUGUCAUUGUUUGUCGACAUCGCGGACAUGGUGUUGCAACGGAACGUGAUCUGCUACAGUGCCGCAGUCAGCGCGUGCGCGAGAGGUGAGCAGUGGCAGCGGUCGCUGGUACUGCUCAGAGAGAUUUGGGAAGCGAAGCUAGCGCCUGACAUUCCCACAUCGGGUACAAUGCUGGAGUUAGCGCGUGCGAGGUUGGCGAGCAGUGGAUCCAGGCAUUGUCAUUGUUGA